AUGCCUCAGCAGGAGCCAGCCCAGGACGUAACACAACCCUUAAAUGAUGCCCUAGUAAGCGAUGAGUGUUUCCAGCAGCACAGAGAUGACCUAUCUACACUGUUUGAUAUUCAAAACAAUGCUUCAAAAAAAGAACCUGAACACAGACAAAAAAAUGACUCAAAAAAGAUGUCUGUUGAGAGAGUUUAUCAAAAAAAGACUCAACUUGAGCAUAUCCUUAUCCGUCCUGAUACAUACAUUGGUUCAGUAGAACCUUUAACUCAGUUGAUGUGGGUGUUUGAUGAAGACAUAGGAAUGAAUUGUAGAGAGGUUACUUUUGUUCCGGGCUUAUAUAAAAUAUUUGAUGAAAUUCUUGUAAAUGCAGCUGACAAUAAGCAAAGAGAUAAGAAUAUGACAUAUAUCAAAAUAUCAAUUGAUCCUGAGUCAAAUAUUGUAAGUAUUUGGAAUAAUGGAAAAGGUAUUCCUGUUGUGGAACAUAAAGUGGAAAAGAUGUAUGUUCCUGCCUUAAUUUUUGGACAGCUGUUAACAUCCAGUAAUUAUGAUGAUGAUGAUGAAAAAAAAGUUACAGGUGGUCGUAAUGGCUAUGGUGCAAAACUUUGUAAUAUAUUCAGUACAAAGUUUACAGUUGAGACUGCUUGCAAGGAAUACAAACAUAGUUUUAAACAGACCUGGAUGAAUAAUAUGAUGAAGACUUCAGACCCUAAGAUUAAACAUUUUGAAGGAGAUGACUAUACGUGUGUGACAUUCCAACCAGAUCUUUCUAAGUUUAAGAUGGAAAAGCUUGAUAAAGAUAUAGUAGCCCUUAUGACGAGAAGAGUUUAUGAUUUGGCAGGAGCAUGUAAAGGAGUCAAAGUUAUGCUUAAUGGAAAGAAACUACCUGUGAAUGGUUUUCGUAGUUACGUUGACCUUUAUGUAAAGGACAAGUUAGAUGAAACUGGACUUGCUCUAAAAGUUAUUCAUGAACUUGCUAAUGAACGCUGGGAUGUCUGUCUUACUUUAAGUGAGAAGGGAUUCCAGCAAAUUAGUUUUGUGAACAGUAUUGCUACCACAAAGGGAGGUAGGCAUGUCGAUUAUGUGGUAGAUCAAAUUGUUGGAAAAUUGAUAGAGGUGGUUAAAAAAAAGAACAAAGCUGGUGUUUCAGUAAAACCAUUCCAGGUAAAGAACCACAUAUGGGUUUUUAUUAAUUGUCUCAUUGAAAACCCUUCUUUUGAUUCUCAAACAAAAGAGAACAUGACACUCCAGCCUAAAAGUUUUGGGUCCAAAUGUCAAUUAUCAGAAAGGUUUUUUAAAGCAGCUUCUAACUGCGGCAUUGUAGAAAGUAUACUGAACUGGGUGAAAUUCAAGGCACAGAUACAGCUGAACAAAAAAUGUUCAUCAGUGAAACAUAGUAAAAUUAAAGGCAUUCCAAAACUUGAUGAUGCUAAUGAUGCUGGUGGCAAACAUUCCUUGGACUGUACGUUAAUUUUAACUGAGGGAGAUUCUGCCAAAUCUUUAGCUGUCUCUGGUUUGGGUGUUAUUGGAAGAGAUAGAUAUGGGGUAUUUCCACUCAGGGGAAAAAUUCUUAAUGUUCGUGAGGCAUCUCAUAAACAGAUUAUGGAAAAUGCAGAAAUUAAUAACAUUAUAAAAAUAGUUGGUCUACAAUAUAAGAAAAGUUAUGAAGAUCCAGAGUCUCUGAAAACAUUAAGAUAUGGCAAAAUUAUGAUUAUGACUGAUCAGGAUCAAGAUGGAUCACACAUUAAGGGUUUGCUAAUCAAUUUUAUUCAUCACAAUUGGCCUUCACUUCUGAAACAUGGUUUCCUUGAAGAAUUCAUUACUCCAAUUGUAAAGGCAAGUAAAAAUAAGCAGGAACUUUCCUUCUAUAGUAUUCCUGAAUUUGAUGAAUGGAAAAAACAUAUGGAGAAUCAUAAAGCAUGGAAAAUAAAAUACUAUAAAGGUUUAGGCACCAGCACUGCUAAAGAAGCAAAAGAAUAUUUUGCAGAUAUGGAAAGACAUCGGAUUUUAUUUGAAUAUGCUGGUCCUGAAGACGAUGCAGCCAUUACAUUGGCCUUCAGUAAGAAAAAAAUUGAAGAGAGAAAAGAAUGGCUGACAAAUUUCAUGGAAGAUAGAAGACAGCGUCGGUUGCAUGGAUUACCAGAGCAAUUUCUGUAUGGUACCGCGACAAAGCACCUCACUUAUAAUGACUUUAUCAACAAGGAAUUGAUUCUCUUUUCCAACUCUGAUAACGAGCGAUCCAUCCCAUCUCUUGAUGGCUUUAAACCAGGGCAGCGUAAAGUUUUGUACACUUGCUUUAAGAGAAAUGAUAAACGGGAGGUUAAAGUUGCUCAGUUAGCUGGCUCUGUGGCCGAGAUGUCUGCUUAUCACCAUGGAGAGCAAGCUUUAAUGAUGACUAUUGUCAACUUGGCUCAGAACUUUGUUGGAAGUAAUAAUGUCAGUUUGCUGCAGCCUGUUGGUCAGUUUGGUACAAGGCUUCAUGGUGGCAAGGAUGCUGCAAGUCCUCGUUACAUCUUCACCAUGUUGAGCCCUUUAGCAAGACUACUUUUUCCUGCAGUAGAUGAUAACCUUCUUAAGUUCCUAUAUGAUGAUAACCAGCGUGUGGAACCUGAAUGGUACAUUCCCAUAAUUCCUAUGGUCUUAAUAAAUGGUGCUGAGGGCAUCGGUACAGGAUGGGCAUGUAAGAUUCCAAACUAUGAUACCAGGGAGAUUGUGAACAAUGUCAGGCGAAUGUUGGAUGGAUUGGACCCUCUUCCCAUGCUACCAAACUACAAAAACUUUAAAGGAACAAUCCAAGAACUUGGUCAGAAUCAUUACAUAGUGAGUGGAGAAAUAUUUGUGAUUGAUAGGAACACAGUAGAAAUUACAGAACUUCCAGUACUAUUUGAUCAUAUGGGGUGUCUGAAGAAAUAUGAAACUGUGCAAGAUAUCCUAAAAGAAUUUUUUGACUUACGUUUAAAUUAUUACAGUUUGCGCAAGGAGUGGCUUGUAGGAAUGUUAGGGGCAGAAUCUACAAAGCUUAACAAUCAAGCUCGCUUUAUUUUAGAGAAAAUACAAGGAAAAAUUACCAUAGAGAACAAAUCAAAGAGAGAUUUGAUUCAGAUGUUAGUCCAGAGAGGUUAUGAAUCUGACCCUGUCAAAGCCUGGAAGGAAGCGCAAGAAAAAGCUGCUGAGGAGGAAGAAAUGCAGAAUCUGAAUGAUGAUAUUUCCUCCUCUUUGGGAUCUACUUCAGUUCCAGAUUUCAAUUACAUUUUAAAUAUGUCUUUAUGGUGUCUUACUAAAGAGAACGUUGGAGAAAUCAUUAAGCAGCGUGAUGCAAAAGGAAAGGAACUCAGUGAUCUCAAGCGAAAAUCUUCUUUUGACCUUUGGAAAGAAGAUUUAGCAGCUUUUAUAGAAGAACUUGAUAAAGUAGAAGGUCAGGAAAGAGAGGAUGUACUGGCAGGGAUGACUGGCAAACCCAUAAAAGGCAAAGUUGGUAAACCCAAGAUGAAAAAAUUUCACUUAGAAGAGACCAUGCCUUCACCAUUUGGUAGGAGGAUAGUUCCACAGAUUACAUCGGCUAUGAAAGCUGAUACCAGUAAGAAAUUGCUAAAAAAAAAGAAGGAGGACCUUCAUACUACAGCAAUAAAGCUGGAAUUUGAUGAAGAAUUUGGUGGUACACCAAUAGAAGGUGCUGGAGAAGACUUGCUUAAAACCUCUGGCCCAAUGACUAAGACACCUAAGCCCAAGAGAGAGAAGGAAGAGUCUGGUACUAGACUGAGAAGAACACCAUCUUCCACAAAGUCUGCUGCAAAAAAAGUAAAGAAACGAAACCCAUGGUCAGAUGAUGAAUCAAAGUCUGAAAGUGACUUGGAAGAAAAUGAGCCUGUGAUUAUUCCAAGAGAUUCUUUACUUAGAAGAGCUGCAGCUGAAAGGCCCAAAUACACAUUUGAUUUCUCAGAAGAAGAAGAUGCUGCUGCUGAAGAUACCAACAAUAAUAAUAGUCUUGAUGAAGUGAAAGUAAACAUCAAUGACAGAGAAGUUGACUAUGUGCCCUCAGAUAGUCUUGAAAAGGAUGACUAUGAUUUCUCUCCAAUCAAAUCAAAGCCUUCUCCAGAGAUGGUUUCCCAAGUUAAAACUAGUCAAGACUUUGGCAACCUGUUUACCUUUUCUUCUUAUUCUCAGAAAGCCAAUAUUGAUACAUCAAAAUUUGACAGUGCUGAGGAAGAUUCAACACCAAUCGACUCUUCUUUUAUUCCAAAAGAGACAGAAAAACUUUCAAGUAAAACAGUUGUCACUAAAAAAGGCAAGUGUUUGAAAUUUACUAGUUAA